CGGAAAAUGUAGUGUUUUGAGUUUACAAGUCGCUUUAUACCAACUACAAAAAAUAUCCCAAAAGACAGCAAGUCCCAGUUCUAAUGUUGCCUCACGCUGCGCAGUGUGUUUGGCGGUAAAGGGUGUUUCUUGAAUUAAUGGUUUAUCUCUUAGAAGUUGUGUAUCAGCGAUCAAUGACUUUUGUCAUCCUCUUGGUGAGAGAUGAUUAAGAACAAGUGGGAAGAAAGAUUUCAGAGGGUUGAGCAGUUAGCACAAACAUAUCAGCAUAGACCUCUGUGCUCACCUUAUAAACCAAGACUUUGGAAGAUUUGGCAGCCAUCCUCAGUUUGGAGAGUCUUUCCUCGUCAAAGUUUUGCCAUCAGCUUUGCCAAAAGUUGUAAGGAGGAUGUGCAUGUGUUUGCUCUGGAGAAAGAAGCAGCUGAACAAGGCCAGAGAAUCUACCUAGUUACCACAUACACUGAGCUUUGGUAUUACUACAAGACCUAUAGACAGUCUUUAAUGCACUGCUAUGAGGUAAUCCCAGAAGGAUCGGUUUGUAAACUUUACUUCGAUUUAGAAUUUCACAAGCCAUCUAAUACCAGUGUGGAUGGAAAACAGAUGGUCUCUGCAUUAAUUCAGUAUGUGUGUCUGCAACUAGACGUGUUAUAUGGAAUAAAGUGCUCCCUUCAGGAUGUUCUGAAUUUGGAUUCCAGUACAGAAGAAAAGUUCAGCCGGCAUCUGAUAUUCCUCCUCCCAAAUGCAGCGUUUAAAGAUAACAUACAUGUCGGGAACUUUUUAAACAAAAUUUUGCAACCUGCAUUUGUGAAACUGCGAAGGAGUGGUUUGGUGUCAAAAAGCCCCAUUGAUGAUAACGAAUGCCCUGCUGUAAUAGAGACACCCAGUUCAUCGAUUGAAAAGUUGCAAAGUUCAACUGAAGAUGAGUUGAAGAGUCCACGACCAAAAAGACACAAAUCCACUGAGCUCGACACAUCACCAGCCAGUCAGAAUGAGGAAUUCCCAUCCCUUUUUGUAAAAGAUAAAGAUGGGUGUGAUCAAAUAUUUGUUGACCUUGGAGUCUAUACGAAGAACAGAAACUUCCGCCUAUACAAAUCAUCCAAGCUAGGGAAGAACACUGCUUUUGAAGUGGCAGAAGACAACAUGUUCAUUCCUAAACCACAGAAGCAAGUAACCAAACAAGAAGAAAUCUUUCUUUGUUCUCUAGUGAGCAAUGUUAGGUUCUCAGACAAUUUGAGAAUUCUCAGCUGUGAAAAUCCACAGACAGAAAAAACAUGUCCUCAUUCUUAUGCUCCUCAAUCUACUAACCAACCAGACACUUUUGGAGGGCAUCAGCAUUCACCUUAUCCAGAAGUUGAUAACUUUGUCCUUUCUUUAGUAAACAAAGACAACAUUCAAGGAGGUAUAAGGCAGUGGAAAUAUUUUUUCUUGGACGAACUUCUUGUUUACGACAUUUUAAACUACCGUUGGUGUCAAAACAUUGGCAGGUUUCAUAAAAGCAACAACAUUAUGAUUGUUGUAGAUCUUAAAAAAGAAGUUUGGUACCAGAAGUGCCAUGACCCUGUUUGUAGGGCAGAAAAAUAUAAAUCUGAAAGUUAUCAAUUACCCAAUGUGGUCUGCCUAACUUAUCUCCUCACAGAGGAAGAAGAUGGUUUUGAGUAUACCAUGGAUGAAGCUGGCAACAUUGAACCAAGUCAGAGUACAUUUCCAGCAAAGAAAGCAAACACUGCCGAUGAAUUGUCUUGUGAGGAUUCCGUCCCGUCUGGGAAUCCCCCUACAGAAUGGGACGACUGGCUGGAUGAUGAGUCUUAUCUGGAGGCUUUAGAGAGCACUGAGCAAAGUGAUGCUGCUGUAGUCAAGGGACAAAAAGGCACACAAUCUGAAGAAAUCCCAGACAAACUUUUACUGGAAGCUUUGAUAGAAUAUGAGUCUUCAGCAAAUUAAAAUGCUGUAAAGA